GGAAGCGGCGAGGCACAGGCAAAAUCAAUCAUACUUUCCGAGUCACUUUCCAGGACAACAUUUUCUUUUCCUGUCACACUACCGGCUCAACUUGUGUCCAGAAUGCCUCGCAUUGAGAAUGACAUCAAGCUGGACUUUAAGGAUGUGCUCCUCCGGCCAAAGCGGAGCACGCUCAAGUCUCGGAGCGAGGUGGACCUGAUGAGGAGCUUCACAUUCAGAAACUCUAAGGGCACCUACAGAGGGAUCCCUAUCGUGGCUGCGAACAUGGACACUGUGGGGACCUUUGAGAUGGCCCUGGCUUUGCAUCAGUUCACUCUCUUUACUACGAUCCACAAACAUUACACCGUGGAUGACUGGGUGGAGUUUGCAGCAAAGCAUCCUGAAUGCCUGGAGAGUUUAGCAGUCAGCACAGGGACCGGCGACGGUGACUUUGAGAAGAUUUCAGCCAUCGUGGCGGCGCUGCCACAGCUGAAGUACAUCUGUGUGGACGUGGCAAACGGCUACUCUGAACAUUUUGUCCAUUUUGUCAAAGAUGUCAGACAGAAGUUCCCGUCCCACACUAUAAUGGCAGGAAACGUGGUGACGGGAGAGAUGGUGGAGGAGCUCAUCCUCGCUGGUGCUGACAUCAUCAAAGUAGGCAUCGGACCAGGCUCUGUGUGUACCACUCGCAAGAAGACAGGGGUUGGCUACCCUCAGCUCAGCGCUGUGAUCGAGUGUGCAGAUGCAGCCCACGGCCUGGGUGGCCACAUCAUUUCUGAUGGGGGAUGUACCUGUCCGGGAGAUGUUUCAAAGGCUUUUGGUGCUGGAGCGGACUUUGUAAUGCUGGGUGGUAUGCUGGCUGGCCACUCAGAGAGCGGAGGUGAGGUUAUCGAGAAGAACGGCAAGAAAUACAAGCUGUUUUAUGGGAUGAGCUCAGACACAGCAAUGAAGAAACAUGCAGGAGGCGUGGCUGAGUACAGAGCAUCAGAGGGAAAGACAGUGGAAGUUCCUUACAAAGGUCCUGUGGGUGAGACAAUACGAGACGUCCUGGGAGGGGUCCGCUCCACCUGCACCUACGUCGGGGCAGCCAAGCUGAAGGAGCUGAGCCGCAGAACCACCUUCAUCCGGGUCACCCAGCAGCUCAACACCGUCUUUGGCAACGACAGCUGAGCAUCCAGCUCGAUCGCACUUUGGAUGGAAAGAAGUCUGCAACACUGCCUGUCUGACUCCCGGAUGCUGUUUGUGCAUUGUCCAUGUGCAAGUGAACAGACACGUAUACUAAUACCUAAAUACUGCCCUUUUUAUCUUCUUUUUUUUGGGUACAAGUUUAAGUUGUGCAAUUUAAAAUUUCAUUUAGUUUUAGUGUUUUAUUUUUGACUUCCCUCACAUUACCAGAUAUAUUUUAAGUUUGCAGCCUCUGAGUCACUUUAGACUCUGGAUGUUUUCACUUUUUUCACAAACUGUUUCAGGGGUCAGUGUUUCUCUAAACAGCAACAUGUAAACUAGAGCACUAACUCUCGAGCUCUUAUCAUCGCAAUGCAAAGUCCUUAGUUGUUCUUCUUACAUCCAUGCAAAUAUGUGGCUGUUUGGAAACAGUAUCUACAACACGUCUCAGUGCUCUGUGCAGAGAUGAUACUCCAAGCCUUUGUCACCAACAUAGAAAAUUAUUGCAAACGUCUUAAAGUAUUUGUAAAGCCUAAAUAAUUCCAUAUAUAUGCAACUGCUGUAGUUAGUUAGAUUUAAUUUUUUCAAAUAUCAAUCAUUCCAUCGCUCUUGUUUUGCACUUUAAUGAUUUUUAAUCUGACGGUCUAGCAUUAGUCUGCCUUGCUGUCUCAUGGAAAUGCUUCGAGACUACAGUGUAAUACAUUAGCACGCUGAAUACAAUAUUAGAGUACAGACAGCACAUAGCAAUGAAGUGCUGAGUGCAUAGCGGAAGUGUUACUGAAUAUGAGUAUACCUGCAGCUUUUGUCUUCAGUGGCUCUAGCUGCUCCUUAACAAUACCAAAGUUUGCGUUGGUUUACUUCGUACACAUUCACGGUUUCAUUUAUGAUUCGUUAUAAAGUCAGCUGUCAUUCCCUGGAGUUAGUUUUGGACGGUUAAUGUAGUUACUCCAUUUCCAGUUGUUUUGAUGUGAUGUGUGUUGUUUAAUUUUCUUAUUGUCAUCCAUUGGUGUGAAGUGACGAAAAAAGGAUUGUUUUUAUGUUGCCAAAACAUGAAGUUAAAAUGCUGGGAUGUCUCUUCACAUUUUAUUCAGUCAAUAAAAAAACAUUCCACAUCUUA